AUGUCCACCUCCCACAACUCGUCUGGCCGAGCUGGAAUCUGGUCGUACGUUUCUUUCGGCUCCCCUCCACGGCGUCGGUCCGUCUCCAGUGGCUUGCCACUGAGACACGCUGGCAACAGUGAUUCCAACAACGCCCCUUGGGACCCUUUUGAAAAGUCGGAGCGCCAAACAGGAGGAAACGGCACGAGCCAGCCUUACACCCUGGAGUCCAUAAGCACCGCCUGGAUGACUCAAAGUCGGCAGGCACGGUUCUUCAAGACCGGGGGAGUCUUGACCCUGAUCGUUCUGCUGUACUGGUUCUUCUCAGGAGGAAGCAGCCCUUCCAACAGCAAUAACAUAUACACUUCUAGCAAUUCUCCGACGACGAGAUGUACGAAACCUCACGACCUUUCCAAGCCCCUUGUCCAGUAUGCUAUCAUGAUCGAUGCGGGAAGCACGGGGAGCAGAAUCCAUGUGUACAAGUUCAACAACUGCGGGCCGACGCCCGAACUAGAAAAUGAAGAGUUCAAGAUGACGGAGCCAAGGCCCGAGGGUUCAGGGCUGAGUUCCUACAAGACAGAUGCGGAGGGCGCGGCCAAGAGUCUGGAUCCUCUCCUGGCAGUGGCCGUGGCCACUGUUCCAGAUGAUUACAAGUCCUGUACCCCGGUGGCGGUCAAAGCCACAGCCGGCUUGCGACUUUUGGGAGAAGAGAUGAGUGCGAAGAUCCUCGAAGCCGUCCGUACGCGACUGGAGACACAAUAUCCCUUCCCCGUGGUCUCCAAGGAGAAAGGAGGGGUUGAGAUAAUGAAAGGGGAGGAUGAAGGCGUGUUCGCCUGGAUCACCACCAACUAUCUGCUGGGUAAAAUCGGCGGGCCCGACGAGACACCAACAGCGGCCAUAUUGGAUCUCGGCGGCGGCUCUACGCAGAUUGUCUUCCAGCCGACGUUUAAGAAUAGUCCGCACGGGGGCAUGCCCGAGAAGAUGGCUGAGGGUGACCACAAAUACAACCUCAAGUUUGGUGGGCGGGAGUUCGAACUGUACCAACAUUCCCAUCUCGGGUACGGGCUCAUGUCGGCGCGGAAUGCUCUACAUGCCUCGGUUCUGGGCCAUAUGCACAAGCAGAACCCAGAUUCGAAAGCCUGGCUGUCGAAAGAGAUCCCCAACAGCUGUAUCAUCCCGGGCAUGCAGAAGAGAAUCAACGUCACCAUGCCUAAUGAUCACGAGCUGGCAGGGCAACACAGUGUGCUCAUGUAUGGGCCGCCCGACGGACUCCCAGCCCAGUGUCGGGCGCUGGCGGAGGGGAUUCUCUACAAGGAGAAAGAAUGCAACCUGCAUCCGUGCUCGUUCAACGGCGUCCACCAACCAUCUCUCUCGAAGACCUUCUCCCGCGAAGAUGUGUAUAUCUUCUCCUACUUCUACGACCGGACCCAUGACCUAGGCAUGCCGGAGUCGUUCACGUUGCGAGAAAUGCUCGACCUGACGGACAAGGUGUGCGGCGGAGAGAAACACUGGAACGCCUUUGCAGGUGUCGAAGGAGCGCUGGCGGAUCUGCGCGACCGGCCCGAGUGGUGCCUCGACCUGAACUUCAUGUCGGCGCUACUGCAUACCGGGUACGAGAUGCCGAUUGACCGAGAGGUCAAGAUCGCCAAGAAGAUCAAGGGCAACGAGCUGGGCUGGUGUCUGGGUGCCAGCCUGCCGUUGCUCGAGAAGGAAAGUGGAUGGGAAUGCCGGAUCAAGGAGGUCACACGAUGA